UGUGAUGUGUGAUCGUGUUGACUUCUCCAUAAUUAACAUCAACAAAAAACAAAGUGCAAAUAAAUGCAAAAGCUUAACAAAUUUGUCCUGCCUGCUAAUAGAGUUAACUCCUCUUAGGAACAGGCGUCCCAAGUUGAAGGGCUUAUGAUCAAGUCAUAGUCAUAGUCAUAGGACUGUAGUGGUAGGUUUGUGGGUGUGUGUGCUUGUCAUGUAUACCAUCCAAAAGUGUAUAAUAUAUUUUUUUAAAUUUAUUCCGUUAUAAUCAAUAAUCUAAUAUACAAUAUACACUUACCUAAAUACAAAAUGAAUAGAUUUAGUUAUGUGACCCCGAUUUUAAUGGACAACGAAAGCACUCUCACAUGCGAAAACAAUGUUCGCUUAUAUGAUGGGGAAGUGAAAACCCAAUUUGAAGGUGGAGAACUCAUAAUAACCACCCAUAGGAUUUUGUGGGGACGACCAGGAGCUAUAGCGAAAGGACAGACUUGCCUGGGACUUUCGAACCAUUUAAUCGUUUAUAUUGAGGAAGAGUCCCCUGGGGCUUUUUUUAGGCGCUCGCGCAAGAUUUUGUUGCAUUUGGCUGAGCAUAACGAUCCUAAUGCUGAUAAACCGUCGCCUUAUAGCCAAUAUAAUUUUAUUAAGCUCUCCUUUAGGGAGGGUUACAGUACCGAUGUUGUUGGUACAUUAAAUAAAUGCUUGCAAAUGAGAUAUUGGGAGAGUAAUGUUCGAGCACCCAUACAAGAAAACCCUCCUAUUAAUCAGCAGCCACAAAUCAAGUUAAGAACAGGAAUAGUAGGAAUUGAAAGGGGCUUGCAAGAGAAACAAAAAGCUACCGAUGAAAGUUUGACAGUGGCUUUCCAGGAUUUGAGCAAACUUAUGAGUAUGGCAAAGGAUAUGGUCAGAUUAUCUCAAAAUAUUUCCACUAAAAUAAAGGACAGACAAGGAGAUAUUACAGAAGAUGAAACUGUCCGUUUUAAAUCCUACCUUUUAAGUUUGGGUAUAGAUGAUCCUGUAACCAGAGAUUCUUAUAAAUCAAACAAUCAAUAUUACAGGAGCUUAGCAAAGGAAAUAUGCGAUUUUUUACUUGUCCACAUCGAAGAAGUUGGAGGAAUGAUAGUUUUGACUGAUGCGUUUUGCAGGAUAAAUAGAGCAAGGGGAUUAGAGCUGAUAUCUCCAGAAGACGUUUUAAAUGCUUGUAAAUUGAUGGAGCAACUGCAAAUGCCUUUAAAAGUUUUCCAGUUUAAUUCUGGUGUAAUGGUGCUACAGUUGAGUAGCUUAGAUAGUGAAAGUAUUGCAGAGGCCACAGCUGUUUUGGUGGAGGACAAUGGCUCUCUUACAUCAGAAGAACUGUCACAAAAAUUGGGUAUAUCAGUAACACUGGCAACAGAACGCCUAUUAACUGCUGAAAAAUAUGGUAAAAGUUGCAGGGAUGAUUCAAUAGAAGGCCUAAGAUUUUUUCCUAAUUUUUUAUUAACUAGAGAAAUAUUAUAGAUAUUUCUAUGUCUUAUUAUUUGUUUCAUAAAUUAAUAAAUAUUCGAAAUUUAGUUUGGAAAAUUUUAUUUAAAAAAUUAGACAUAGGUAAAUAUUAAAAGUAUCCACUAAUUUUAGCUACACACAAUAAAAACUAAUGUUUACAUCACUAAUUAGAUAAGUUCCUAUAUAAAAAAAAACAGUCUUUGUCUUGCUAUUAUUACACUAGUCAAUAAUAAUAAAAUAAACUCGGAAAAACUUCUACAAAGUAAAGAUUAAACAAGUAUAAAAAUUAUUUUAUAAUUUCGUAAAUUCUCAUUUUGCAAAUUUUAUUAACUUCCUUUAAAGCAAUUUCAGUUUCGUUCCUAGUAUGAUUCAUCAGUCUAGUUUCAAUUUCUGCGCAAAGACUGUCAAUGUUUUCUUCUUUUGCACAAAUAAUAAAAGGAAAACCGUGUUUGUCCCUAUAACUUUUCGUUAAUUGUUUCAGUCGUUUUUUUUCUUCAUAUCUGAGACUUGUCCUAGAUUCAGUGCUGAUAAUUUUUUGAUGGGUAUUGAAUUCUAACAUGGAAUUACUAAAACCAGCUAGUUUACUCACGCUGUCUGGAUAAAGCUGGAGGACUUUGAUUUUUUCUGAAAAAAAAAACUUGUUUACAAACUAGUUAUUUUUUACAAUUCUUAAAAUAUCACAUAGGUACAGUGUACACAAGUCCAUCAAAGUUAUGUAGGUGCAAUAUACCUAUGUAUAGGUGGUACUAAUUGGCUUCUGUGACUUACCUUGUAGUUUUAGAUUUUCUAAAUACUGUUCAAUAGCAGCAACCACGCCAUCGAUAUUUUGAAAAGGACGAUUUUUUAGAAUCCCGAUCCCAGCAGCCAAACAAUGUUCCACAAUAUUUCCAAAAAUUUUAAUAAACCGAUCACUUUCCAAACUAUUCACUUCUUGUAUUGUUAGAUAUUGCGCCCACAUUUUAGUAACAAAUGGACGAUUCA